AAAGACGCGUUCUGAUUGGUCAAACCCUCCGACCAGCCGAGCGAUGAAGGUAUAAAUAUUACUGGGAACUUGCGUGUGCAUCGAGUUUGAAUGUAAAAGGCAGCUGUGUUGUGGAUAAGUAACAGUCACCAUGGUUGCCACGAGUAAAUUAAAGACUAAAAACACGGAGGGUGUUUCGGAGGUGGUUGAACGGCGGUACGACCAGGUGUGCAUCGAGAAAGAGUUGGAUUUCUGGGAUCACUGUCUGGCUGAGCCCCAUGCGGCUGCAGACGUAACCGAGGACAGAAGCUGCCACCAGUUGGCUAAGAUGUUUGAAAACUGCCUAUCCCGGGCCAAGAAAACGACUUUGCACUGCUCCUCUGUUUUGGUACCAGAGAAGCUGACCCGCAGGAUAGCCCGCGAGGUUCUGCAGCUGGCGUCCUGCGAGCCCUGCGGCCUGCGCGGCUGCGUCCUGUACGUCCACCUGGAGCUGGAGAAGGGCUGGAAGCAGCUGGAGCGCAUUGCAUGCGAUGCCUCCGUCGUUCCCACAUUUGAGCUGACUCUUGUGUUCAAGCAGGACGGUUCGGCAUGGCCCAGCCUGCGGGACUUCCUCUUAAUGGGCUCGUGCUUCGGCCCGACCUUCAGGCACGUCAUCAAACUGAGUCCAGGUUUCCGUCUGGUCAAGAAGAAACUGUACUCCUCCUCGGCUGGCACUGUGAUAGAGAAGUGUUGAACUGUGUCGGAAGUGAGACAGUGUCUCCCUGCGGUGAAAUGCACUUAAAAACUACAAGUGAGACCAAAGCGGUGUCACGUUUUCAGCUCUUUUGUACAAGUUUGUCACUGUAAGGUUAGGAUUUUAAAUGUUAAACAAACUAGAUAUUUCUGACUUCAGCUUCAUAGUCCUUAAAAAUUCCCUCUGUUUUCCUUAGAGCAGUUUCUCACUCAAGCACAAUUUUACCAUUUACCUUUUCAAAAUGAAUGUAAAAGUGUUCACAUUGACAUGUUUGCAGGAGCCAUAGUGUGGGUACUCUUCUGUUAAAGGCACUCGCCACUUUGUAGAAGCACCUGUGUUUCCAGGUGCUUUGAAUGUUAAGCUGCAGUAACAGGAUGUGAGGUUUUCUUCCAAGAAAUAAAAGCAUAGUUUUGCAGUUUGAGAGCAAGGCGAUGGUUUUCAUGCUCAGAUAUCGCAGUGCUCUUACUCAAAACUCUGCUAAAAAAAAAAAAAAACUUGUAAGCUCACACAUGCUCUGCUCUCACUCAAUAUGUCAGGGUGUUUUAUAUUUGAUGCCUCUUGAAUCCUGCAGUACAUGCUUGAACCUUUGCUCCCUGGUGCUUUUCCUCAGAACGCUAAUUACAUCUUUUGGAAUAAUUAGCGUCCUGUCUAACUCCAACCAAAAUAUUGUGGUUUCGACAUAAAAAGCCUUCCUUAGGAUUUGGGUAACAUAGUUGAGUCCAAAUUUUACCCAUAAGCAGAGUGCGUUCUUUUGUUUUUGUGUGUUUGUCCGUUUGUGUGUGAAAGAGGUAAUAAAUUUCAUUGUAGGAAAAAACUGUUUCAAGGACAAGCAGAGGGGGACAUUUCCCCCCCCCCCCCAGAGUCAGCAAAGUUGUGGGUGAGAGCAAUCGAGUAAUUUCCUGAAUCUUUGGGGAAAAUUGAUUGAAAAUGUGUGCUGUGAGACUUUUGAAUGGAAGAAUUCCCAUUAAAGGUGUGCAGGCUUGCCUUGCAGACCAUUGUGUGGUCUUCAGGCAGCCGCAUGCAUCGAGCUGUGAUGAACUGUUUGGGGCUGCAAACAUUAAGAGCUGUACAGAUGCUGUUGUGGUGGGGGCUUGUCACACUUGGGAACGUGGAGGCCUGAACUGUCCGUUCUGCAUUCGGAUCACAGCAAUGGGCUGCUCUGUGUGAAUGUCUUGAUGCAUUUUUAUUUUUAUACUGACAGAUGCUCCUUUACAAAGCAAGAGCCUUUAUAUACAAUUAAAAGUUUGGUUCACUCAGUGUUGGAGGCUUAAUUGUGUACUUUGGUUUAUGACAUUCUUUUUUCUUUAAUCCUUAUUUAUUGUGCAAGGCAAGUACUUGUCCAUUAGCCAAUAAAAUAUUUUAUAAUUUU